UAAACAAUUAUCUUUUUAUAGAAAUAAAAUUUAAAGAUUGUAUCAAGAAAAUAGAAAUAAUUGUUUUUCUAGUCGAAAAAAACAUUUUUUGGAUUUUUGUGAAUUAAAAGUUUUAAAAUGAAUUUUUUGGAAAUUAGCAAUCUAGAAGUUUUGCCAAUGGUUGAUUCACAAUUUGUUGUCCCUUCACGUGUUACGUUCAAUCAGAAUGGAGUAAAAAGGACAUGGGAUUAUAUCAAAGCACAUGAUGCAGUAGCGAUUCUUCUUUUUAAUACAACAAAGCAAGCUUUUAUUCUUGUAAAGCAGUUUAGACCAGCUCUUUAUAUGGCGAUCAAUGAAAGAGUGAACUCAGAAAAUAUAUCUGUUUUGGAAAAAAAAGAAAAAGAGUUAAAAAUAUCUGUUCCAUUUGAAAAAGGUGUUUCUUAUGAACUCUGCGCUGGAAUAGUUGACAAAAACUGCACUCUUGUUGAAAUAGCUCAAGCUGAGAUAUUGGAGGAAACUGGUUACCAAGUUUCUAUUGAUAAAAUAAAGCCAUUGUUUGAGUAUAACGCUGUAGGUUUUUCUGGCAAUCUUACGACAGUAUUUUUUGCUGAAGUUACUGAUGAAAUGAUAGUUAAUGAAGGAGGCGGCAACAAACUCGAUGGAGAGUUUAUUGAAUUGUUUUACUUACCUAUAAAAGAUGCAAAAGAGUUUAUAUAUAACAAUGAUUAUCCAAAAACUUCGUCAGUCGCUGCAGCCAUCGGAUGGUAUUUUUUAAACAAUUCAUAAAAUUAUUUAUUUAUAAAUAAAAUUAUCAAAUCAAAUUAAUAAAAAUAUUUAUGAAAUAAAAUAAUACCUUAGCA